AGGGCCCAGGAAGAGCAGGUGCGGGUGCAGAAGGGGGUCGCACGCCCAAGCCGGUAGACUGAAUGACCGAUCGCUCCAGCUUGGCCGUCCCCCGGCGCGCCUGUCUAGGGCACCGCAGGAAAGCAAGGGGGUGCCAGGGACCAAGCCACCCCUGGAGAUCCCGCCCGAACCGCUGGAGUCCGCAGGCGCCGCCCACCGCCACCCGGAGACAGAGCUGGGGGUGGCAGGCUUGUCCCACCGACCCCGCGGGAUGGCCCCGCCCCUGGGCCGCGAGGAGGCCCCACUGUGGGAGGCGGAGUUGCCGCCGCCCCCUCCAACCCCCUGGACUGGGGCCCCUUCUUAAGCGCGAGAAGAAACUGGCUGCCCCUCUCGCCUCUCCCGCCAGGUUCCCUCCGCGAUGGCCUCGGCACUGAGCUAUGUCUCCAAGUUUAAGUCCUUCGUGAUCUUGUUCGUCACCCCGAUACUGCUGCUGCCACUCAUCAUUCUGAUGCCCGCCAAGUUUGUCAGGUGUGCCUACGUCAUCACUGUCAUGGCCGUUUACUGGUGCACAGAAGUCAUUCCUCUGGCUGUCACCGCCCUCAUGCCUGCCUUGCUCUUCCCACUCUUCAAGAUUAUGGACUCGAAGCAGGUGUGCCUCCAGUACAUGAAGGACACCAACAUGCUGUUCCUGGGCGGCCUCAUCGUGGCCGUGGCUGUGGAGCACUGGAACCUGCACAAGAGGAUUGCCCUGCGCACGCUUCUCUGGGUGGGGGCCAAGCCUGCACAGCUGAUGCUGGGCUUCAUGGGCGUCACGGCCUUUCUCUCCAUGUGGAUCAGCAACACGGCCACCACGGCCAUGAUGGUGCCCAUUGUGGAGGCCGUGCUGCAGCAGAUGGAGGCCACGAGCACAGCCACCGAGGCCAGCCUUGGGGCCCUGGAGCUGGCAGACAAGGGCAAGGCUGGUGAGCUGCCAGGGAACCAAGCAAAUUUCGAAGGCCCUGCCAUGAGGAAGCAGGAGGUUCAUGAGAGGAAGAACGUAUGCAAGGCCAUGACCCUGUGCGUGUGCUACGCAGCCAGCAUUGGAGGCACUGCCACCCUGACUGGGACAGGACCCAACGUGGUACUCUUGGGCCAGAUGCAAGAAUUGUUUCCUGACAGCAAAGACAUCGUGAACUUCGCCUCUUGGUUUGGAUUUGCCUUCCCUAACAUGCUGAUCAUGCUGCUGCUCUCCUGGCUGUGGCUACAGUUUAUUUAUACGAGAUUCAAUAUUAAAGAGUCCUGGGGCUGCGGGCUGGAGAGGAAGAGUGAGGAAAAGGCUGCGCGCGAGGUGCUAUGGGCGGAGUACAGGAAGCUGGGACCUCUCUCCUUCGCUGAGGUCAACGUCCUGCUCUGCUUCUUCCUGCUGGUUGGCCUGUGGUUCUCCCGGGACCCCGGCUUCAUGCCUGGCUGGCAGUCGAUCACCUGGGUGGAGGGCAAGACAAGUUACACCUCUGAUGCCACGGUGGCCAUCUUCGUGGCCUGCUUGCUCUUCAUCAUGCCUUCUGAGAAGCCUAAGUUCAACUUCUGCAGCCAGACUGAGGAAGAAAGGAAAACUCCAUUUUAUCCCCCUCCGCUGCUGAAUUGGAAGGUGGUCCAGGAGAAAGUACCCUGGGGCAUCGUGCUGCUCCUGGGGGGCGGCUUUGCUCUGGCUAAAGGAUGCGAGGACUCGGGGCUGUCAGAAUGGAUGGGAAAGCAGAUGGAGCCCUUGCAUGCUGUGGCCCCAGCAGCCAUCACCUUGAUCUUGUCCUCGCUCAUCGCUGUGCUCACUGAGUGCACAAGCAACGUGGCCACCACUACCCUGUUCCUGCCCAUCUUUGCCUCCAUGUCACGUUCCAUUGGCCUCAACCCGCUGUACGUCAUGAUCCCCUGUACCCUGAGCUCAUCCUUUGCCUUCAUGCUGCCUGUGGCCACCCCACCUAAUGCCAUCGUGUUUUCCUACGGACACCUCAAGGUUUCCGACAUGAUGAAAACAGGAGUAGUGAUGAACAUAAUUGGAAUUGCCUGUGUAUUUCUGGCUGUCAACACCUGGGGACGGGUCAUGUUUGACUUGGGCAAUUUCCCGGACUGGGCUAAUGUGACCUCACACUGAGACUUUGACAGAACUGCACAACCACGACCACGGCCCCUGCCCUCCUGAGGACUCCCCGACCUUCCAGUAUACCUCCAAGCAGAGCUUUGGGGUUCGUGACCCAAGGUGACCCCAUGAUGUCCACAGCACACAGAGACCCAACCAAUGGGCCACAUCUUCCUCCAUGCCCAGUGUCACAGCUGGAGACAGGCACCUGGAAGGCAGGCUUGGAAGCGAAGGGAGCCUCCCACAAGGCUGCUGGCGCCCAUCUUUCCUGGGGGCCUGCCGUCAUCAAUGGGAUGGGCAGGGUCCUGCCCCCACUCAGCCUCAAGCCAGCCCCACGGCUGGGCUCUGGUGUCCACUCCUCAUCUAAAUGGGAAUCAGAUCCCAGCUUGGGAGCUGAGAGAAAAACAACCUUCCAGACUCCCAGCUUACCUCGGGCUGCCUCAGAUCACACCUGUCACUCGGAAGGGACAAUCCAGCCCAGGAUGAGAACACCUAGUCCUGGGCAGCUUCCCACUGCUGGAGUGAGGUUGGGAAUCAGAGCCUCCUGGGACCCAGGAGUAGGAUGCCACCACCAAAGGACAAGGAAUUUGAGCCAAUAACUUUCAAAUGACACCACCCACAGCACUCCACUGGUAACCUGCUCCAUUUUAACUGACAAUUUGGACCCCUUCCCAGCUCCGUGGGGGGACCCCCUUCUGCUCCUAUACCCCUUUGUUGUGUGGCUGACAUUUGCUGGAAUCCGCCCUUUUCUCCCAGGAGGUCAGUUUGGCUCUUCCGGGAGAUGCUUUUCCUGCCCCCAAACAGCUGGGGUCACAUUCCAAGUAUGGGCAGCGAUGGCUCCUCUGGGGCCAUGGUGGGGACUCUAGUUCCUCCCUCAGCUGCAGGUCCAGAGAAGAUGCUUGUUAACUGCCAAGA